AUGAAUGUAAAGUCGAGAGUGGAUUCUAAUUUUAAUAUUAAGGUUAAGGCGUAUGUGUUAAAGUCCAUAACGUCGCUUCUGCCAGUUACAAAGGUAAAUGCUAUAAAAUGGGUUGAUCUACAGAAUGAACAGCUGGCAGAUCCACAAUAUCAUACUCCAAAUAAAAUCAAUGUGUUAUUAGGUGCUGAUGUUUAUCGACAAAUUAUUGAAGAAGGUUUAAAACGAAAUUCAGAAGGAUCUGUUAUAGCUCAAUGCUCCAAACUUGGAUGGAUACUUUCAGGGGUAGUAGGAGGCGAGAUGGGAAAUUUUGCUCAGAAUCAAAUGCCUGGAGGAGCGAUGGGAAAUUUUGCUCAGAAUCAAAUGCCUGGAGGAGCGAUGGGAAAUCAAAAUGCUAUGCCGAAUCAUGGGCCAAAUGUUCGCUUUGGAAAUCCUAACAUGGACAACCAAAACAACAGUCAGAAUAACCAACAACAAAUGGGGCAAAUGGCCCAACCAAUGGCACCCAUGGGAAUGGGUCCUAAAAUAUUAAAUAUGAUGAUGGGAGAGAAAUCAGGUGGUUCCCAAAACCAAGGUGGCCCACAAGGAGGUGCGAAUGCUAACAAUGCUAUGCAACCACCCGCAAUGGGGAUGACGUCGAACAUGCAUGGUGAUGUUAGUCAAGGUCAAUAUAAUGCAGACAUGACAGGAAACCAUCCAGGACAGUAUAAUAUGGGCAUGAACAACAUGGUACAGGAAAGUCCAGGUGUUCCAAUGCAGAACCCUACUGCGCAGUACAUGUCCCAACCAAACAUGUACACCGGGGCCAAUGCAAAUAUGCAAGGAAAUUCUUAUAAUGCAAAUAUGGGUCAAAUGAAUCCAGGUGCACAGCAAAUGCAGGGCAAGGCCAAUCCCAUUCAGCCUCAGAUGAACGCACAUAAUCCUUAUGGCCAGCAUAGUGCUGGCAUGGCAAAGUUCAAUGAGAUGUUCCCUGGUGUAAUGCAAGGGGGAGACUUAGGAUUUGAUCCUAUGGCCAUUGCCAUUCAGAUGAAUCCAGCGAACCAACAAAGGGCUGCUAUGGAUACAAUGCAGAAAAUGAUGAUGCAAAAUUUCUGGCAUCGCUGGUCUCAAGAAUACCUUAAAAAGUUUCUUCAUAGAUACAAAUGGCAAAACUUCUCCGCAGCCUGA